AUGGAAAUCCUGGUCCUCAUUAUGAUGGCCUAUGACCGCUACAUGGUCAUCUGUAAGCACCUCCUCUACACCACCAUCAUGAAUCAGUAUCUGUAUGGCUUUCUGGUGGGCUUAGCCUGGGUAGUGUCUUUCUUGCAUUCGUCCGCCCAGCUUUUCCUCACCCUGAGUCUACCAUUCUAUGGUCCCAAUGUGAUCGAUCAUUAUUUAUGUGAUGUGCAACCUUUGAUGAAACUCGCCUGCUCUGACACUCACUUGGCGAACCUGCUGUUCAUUUCCAACAGUGGGGCCAUCUGUACCUCGAGUUUUGUUGUGCUUAUGGAACCCUAUGUGGUCAUCGUGUAUUCUCUGAGGUCCAAAGGGGCUGAAGGGAGACGUAAAUCCCUGUCCAUCUGCAGCUCCCACAUUCUUGUGGUCACCUUAUUCUUUGGUCCCUGUAUAUUCAUAUACGCCCGGCCCAAAACCACCUUCUCUGUGGAUAAAUUGGUGUCAGUCUUUUAUACGAUAGUUACUCCCUUGUUUAACCCUUUGAUCUACAUUCUGAAGACCGCAGAGGUGAAAAAUGCCAUGGGAAAAUUAUGGAGCCGAAAAGUGCUUCCUCGGGAGUUAUUAGCAAGAUUUUGA